CCUGCAGGACUAGAUCAGCAAUCCCAGCUCAGAGUCAAGGAUUCACUGAGAAGAUGAGGACCUGCUUGAAAGCCCUGCUGCUGGCCGGACUGGCCUGCCUGCUCACUGCAGCUCUGGCCAAGAAGUCAUUUAACUUCAUGGAUGCCCUCUCUGUUUCCACAGUCCAUUACAACAGGGGAAGUGAGGAGAAAAACGCAUUUAAACCACCUGAAAAUAAUCCUCUCCGAGGAAUGGACAUCGUGAUCCCUGGCGAUGGCUCUCCUACUGAAAUGAAGAUAAAGUUCACCCUGAAGGAGACAGUUUGCCCCAAAACAGAGGACUACAAGAAGGCUGAGUGUGUUUAUAAGGAGAAUGGACUGAUGAAAAAGUGUUCGUCAACCGUUACUGUUGUGAAGAAACGCCCAUCUGAAGCAAACAGUGUUGAAGUGACCUGUGAACAUGUUGGUCCAGAGGAGCGGAAGGAACUGGAAAAGCCAAAAAACCCGUGGUGGCCUUUCAGACGCUAAUGAAAAAGAACACCUGCAUUCCCAAAUCAACUCCACUACUAUAUUGCAAAUUCACGUUUCUGAAAAACAUAUGAACACUCUUAAUAAUACAUUUGUUAAUUGUACAUCUUUGGUUCUGUUUUAAUAGUCUUUCUUUUUGGGCGUAGGUGUGCAGCAUGUACAGUACAGUAGAACAAUGGGCAGCAGUGUGGAGUAGUGGUUAGGGCUCUGGACUCUUGACCAGAGGGUUGUAGGUUCAAUCCCAGGUAGGGAACACUGCUGCUGUACCUUUGAGCAAGGUACUUUACUUAGAUUGCUCCAGUAAAAAACCCAACUGUAUAAAUGGGUAAUUGUAUGUAAAAAUAAUGUAUAAAAAAAUGUAAUUGUAUGUAAAAAUAAUGUGAUAUCUUGUAACAAUUGUAAGUCACACUGGAUAAGGGCGUCUGCUAAGAAAUAAAUAAUAAUAACAAUAUGUUGCAUAAA